CAUGAUGCCAGUGCUGUUAGUCUCAGGAUGAUCAAGCAGUGAAGAUGGCGUGCUGCAGGAGGUGCCUGUGUUGCCAGUGCUGCUGUGGGGAAGGGGAGACCAGGACCCCCGAGGAACUCCUGCAGUGGACAAUCCUCGGGGAGACACAUGGAGAAGAUGAGAUUCUACCAAGGAAGGACUAUGAGAGUUUGGACUAUGACAGGUGCAUCAAUGAACCAUUCAUGGAGGUUCUGGAUGGCAUGGAUAACAAGAAAGCCAGGAAGUAUGAAGUGGUGAAGUGGGUAGUUGUGUUUGCAAUUGGAGCCUGUACUGGGUUGGUAGGGCUGUUUGUUGAUUUCUUUGUACGUCUCUUCUCUCACUUGAAGUUCAGCGUGGUUGAAAAAUCUGUGGAGGCGUGUACUGAAAAGGGCUGUCUUGCCCUGUCUCUACUAGAACUUCUAGCUUUCAAUAUGACCUUCAUCUUCAUAGCCAGUGUUCUGGUUCUAAUUGAACCAGUGGCUGCUGGGUCAGGGAUUCCUGAGAUUAAAUGUUACCUCAACGGGGUGAAGAUUCCUGGAAUAGUCCGGCUGCGCACCUUCCUGUGCAAAGCUGUGGGGGUUCUCUUCACUGUAGCUGGAGGUCUGUUUGUGGGAAAGGAAGGUCCAAUGAUUCAUAGUGGUGCUAUAGUAGGAGCUGGGCUGCCUCAGUUUCAGAGCAUCACCUUUAAAAAGAUCCGCUUCAACUUUCCAUACUUCCGCACUGACAGGGAUAAGAGGGAUUUUGUCUCCGCUGGGGCUGCGGCUGGGGUUGCGGCUGCUUUCGGAGCUCCCAUUGGGGGCACGCUGUUUAGCCUGGAGGAGGGGUCUUCCUUCUGGAACCAGGAGCUCACAUGGAAAGUGCUCUUCUGCUCCAUGUCUGCCACUUUCACUCUGAAUUUCUUCCGCUCUGGGAUUCUGUAUAACAGCUGGGGUUCUUUUCAACUACCAGGGCUGUUGAACUUCGGAGAGUUUAAGUGCUCGGAUUCGGAUAAGAAGUGUCACCUGUGGACCGCGGUCGACCUGGCCUUCUUCGUUGUGAUGGGGAUAUUCGGCGGUCUCCUGGGAGCUUUGUUCAACUGCUUGAACAAGAGAUUAGCCAAGUACCGCAUGAGGAACGUUCACCCCAAAGCAAAGUUUGUCAGGGUUCUGGAGAGCCUGCUGGUCACCAUGGUAACCACCAUAGUGCUGUUUGUUGCGUCCAUGACUUUGGGAGAAUGCCGAGAUCUCUCGCCCCCCACCGACACUGACAACGCCACGCAUGUUUCCAACUCUGAGGAUGUGAACUCCACCAUCAAAACGUUCUUCUGUCCCAACAAAACGUACAAUGACAUGGCCACACUGUUCUUUAACCCACAAGAGGUGGCUAUUCACCAGCUCUUCCACCAAGACAGUACCUUCAGUCCAGUUUCCUUGUCUAUUUUCUUCGUGCUGUAUUUUCUGCUGGCUUGUUGGACCUACGGCAUAUCUGUACCCAGUGGCCUCUUUGUGCCGUCCCUGCUGUGCGGAGCUGCCUAUGGUCGGCUAGUAGCGAACAUCCUGAAAACCUACAUAGGGAUGGAUCACGUUUACUCCGGGACCUUUGCCUUGGUUGGCGCCGCAUCGUUUCUUGGGGGUGUGGUCAGGAUGACCAUUAGCCUCACUGUCAUCCUGAUUGAGUCAACCAAUGAAAUCACCUACGGACUCCCCAUCAUGAUAACCCUCAUGGUAGCAAAGUGGACUGGAGAUUUCUUUAACAAAGGAAUAUACGAUAUCCACAUAAAGCUAAGAGGAGUCCCGUUACUGGAAUGGGAGACUGAGGUGGAGAUGGAUAAGCUAACAGCUAGCGACAUCAUGGAGCCAAACCUGACCUAUGUGUACCCUCACACCCGCAUCCAGUCUCUGGUCAGUAUUCUGCGGACCACGGUGUACCAUGCCUUUCCGGUGGUGACGGAGAACCGGGGGAACGAGAAGGAGUUCAUGAAAGGGAACAUUCUCAUCAGCAACAACAUAAGAUUCAAGAAGUCAAGCAUCCUGACCCGGGCGGGGGAGCAGCGCAGGCGGAGCCAGUCCAUGAAGUCGUACCCCUCGAGCGAGCUGCGCAACGUGUGUGACGAGCUCGUCGGCACCGAGCAGGCAGAGGAGGCAGAGGACAUGCUGCAGCAGAUGCUGGAGAGGAGACAUGUCCCCUAUCCCAACCUGUACCCUGACCAGUCCCCUAGCGAGGAGUGGACCAUGGAGGAGCGAUUCCGACCUUUGACCUUCCACGGCCUGAUCCUGCGAUCCCAGUUAGUGAACCUGCUGAUCAGGGGAGUCUGUUAUGCAGAAAACCAGUCGAGUGCGACUCAGCCUCGACUCUCCUACACUGAGAUGACGGAAGACUACCCUCGGUACCCAGAUAUCCAUGACCUGGACCUCGCGUUGCUUAACCCACGCAUGAUAGUGGAUGUGGCGCCAUACAUGAACCCUUGCCCCUACACUGUCUCCCCAAACACCCGCGUCUCUCAGGUGUUCAACCUUUUCCGGACUAUGGGGCUGAGGCACUUGCCUGUAGUCAAUGCUGUCGGAGAGAUUGUUGGAAUAAUCACAAGGCACAAUUUAACCCACGAGUUUCUACUAGCAAAACUGAGGCAGCACUGCAUUACAAUCUGAAUCAUCUUGACUCCGGGUUUCUGAAUCGUCCUGUUUAGCUGGAGUGCCCUCGCUACUCCAGGCAGAAUUUGGAGAAUUUCCAGCGAACCCCAUUUCCAGAACAAGUCUGAUGGCUCCGACCAAGGAGGAACCCCAGUCCGAACUUCAGCACUGAAAGUCUGAAGUACACCCUACACUUUUAAGAGACAUUUAUAACUACACAAUUUUAGUUGGAUAAAUAAUCUGGGUCUGUAGAAGGCCUGUAAGUUAACUUCUGGUAUAAAUAAAUACAUAUCAGAAAAGCUCAACUCUUAAGCCAUACCUUCAAAAGUGGGGUGCAGUGUGUACCCCACGCACUGUAAAAGAGAUACUUAAUGAAUCAGUAUGGGGGGGCUGAGAUGUGACACUAAGAUCGUUCCCAAUCCACCACUGUAAUGAGUAGAUCACCAUCUCUCUGUCCAUUCAUACAAUCAAGGGUAAAUUACAUAUAAUCACUGUCCACUGUACAACACAAGACCUACCAUCAUAGGGGGAAAAGUUCUCAAAAUCCUUUCCUUGCAACAUUACUGUGCUACAGCACAUAAGCUAGCCCCUGCUUGGGGGGGGGUGGGGGCUCAUGCAUUUUUUGCACUCCACCCUUUCAGUUCUGGGUGUCUGUUUUGUGUCAUUUUAUUUUUAUCCAGCACUUAAACUUUAAUUUUCUAAGUCUUUUUACAAGACAAGGUAGAAACCGAUAUUGAUUAACUUUAAAUCCACUCUCAGUGCACCUCUAUGUUUUGCUAUCUCAAAAAAUUCUAAUCAUGAAAUAUCGAGGGAAUUUGUGACGUUAUAUAACUGUCACUGGUCUAACCCUAAAUUAACUGGGAAUUAUCGAAUCGUGAAAUAACCACACAGUCUCUGCUUAAUUUGACAAAGCAGGAGAAAUAAUUGUUUUCCAUAGUGGAGUAGAAUUGUCUUGAGAAUGGAGCGGUAUGUUGAUCGUUUGAAAAGUGGAGGUCGACCCGAGGAGUAGGAAUGGGAUGGAAUUAUAUUUAGAAGAAUAAUCUGUACUCCCACUUGACUGCACCAUGUCAGGAUUUCGUAAGCACAAGAUCUUGUCAUCAAAGCAACAGUCCCCACAGAAGGGAAUUUUUUUAAUACAAGUCGAGUUGCAGAUUAAAAGGCAAUUGUAUUGAAAGGCUCAAGCUUGAUCACCUGUUAGUGUUUAAUAGAUGCCCAUCUUUGAUGUACAGUGCCUGAAGCAUAUUGGGUGUGCAAUCUGUAGUGCUUGUGUUCUUAGCCCAUGUCCCAGGUUAAAUCCUAUUAUUUAUUGGUUUUGUCAGUGUGCGUGGAAACCCUGACAAGACCUGUACUGCACAUCCCUGUUAAAGGAAUCUUCACCGCCUUGCAGGAAGGGCCUUGUUAGACAUCUCGAUACAAAAUAAGGAUCGAAAUUGAAUUUCCGUGUGAAAUUAUCUUGAAACAGUCAAAAGCCUCUGUGUAUCCUGGGCUGCAAAUCUUGAAUGAAUUAGGGUAAUUACUAAAAACCACUAGAGCUUUUUUUUUUUUUUUUUUUUUGUUUUUUUUUUAUAUAAUGCAAUUGUGCCAGCCGUGCACAAGACAAGCCAGUUUAUUAGUGCAUUUCUAUAAAUUAGUUUUUACAUUUUUUACACACAGACCUUGGUUAACUGGAAACACUAAUUGUCUAGAUCCUUGAAGCAUUUUGCAAAUGUGUGCUUUAUUUAUUUUUAUCCAGUUAUAUCACAUGUCCUAAUUAUAUAUUCAUAUUAUUGCUGAAAUAUGUAGACCGUUUAUUAAAUGAUUCAGCUGUCUUGUAUUCUCAGAUGUAAUCAUCUGUGUGUCUCUCUCUCUCUGUCUUGGUCUCUUAUGUCUGUAUCAAUGCUACAUUAUCUUCAAGCACUAGAAAAAUCAGUUUCUUUAUCAUAAAUUGAAUUUCAGUGUGUAUUUUCCCCAAUGGUCUGCAUUACGUGCGUUUGCAAUAUGGACAGUCUUAUUGCAUAGGAAUAAGACAAGAAAAAGUUGAGAGAUGUUCUAUAUAGUUUUUUCUUGAUAGUAGAAAAAAAUUAUUUCCAAUCCAGCCCUGUAUGGCAGUACCUGUAGUACCAUAAUUUAACUGUAGGUGUUAUACCUUAAAGUGGUACCUUGUGUACAUGUCUAUCGCCAGUGAUAUAGACACGGCUUUAUGUCAUUUCCACGUGGAGCUAUGAAGUUGAACUGAAGAGGGAUAAUGCAUUUCAAAAUAAACUGUUCCCUUCUUCCACAUCCUAAACUUCUCAGCUGAUGAUGCCAGCAUGCAGUAUUCAAUGCAUUAUAUUAUUCCUGAAUUAUGAAACCCAUGUUAAUCUUAUGUAUUUGUGCAUUAUUAUUUAUUUAUUUUACACUUUGGAUUUGUGUGUGUGUGUGUGUAUAAU